CAAGGCCCGGGGAGUCUUUGCUUCCGGGACUGGGUGAAAUGGCGGAGGCGGCGGUGCUCGUGUGGAUUCGCGGCCCCGGCGUUGGGUGCCGGGCGGUGCGGGAUGUCUCGCCCGCAUGCUCCGUCCAAGACCUUAUCCACCGCCAUUGCCAAGACCAGGGUGUCCCCGUGGAGUGCUUCUUCGUGAAACGCAACGGCUCGCUGGCCGAUGCCGGUGACCCAGUGCAGCAUGGAGCUGUUUACAGUUUGGAGCCCAGACUUCGUGGUGGGAAAGGAGGCUUCGGGUCUAUGCUCCGAGCCCUCGGUGCGCAGAUUGAGAAGACAACCAAUCGAGAAGCUUGCCGGGACCUCAGUGGGAGGAGACUACGAGAUGUCAAUCAUGAAAAAGCGAUGGCUGAGUGGGUGAAGCAGCAGGCUGAGCGAGAAGCUGAGAAGGAGCAGAGGCGCCUGGAACGGCUGCAGCGGAAGCUGGCGGAGCCCCGGCACUGCUUCACCAACCCCGACUACCAGCAGCAGUGCCACGAGAUGGCCGAGCGCCUGGAGGAUUCCGUCCUCAAAGGUAUGCAGGCUUCCUCCAGCAAGGUGGUGUCAGCAGAAGUGGGGGAGACUCGCAAGCGGCCUCACAAACCAGAAGCAGACGGAGGACCCGGUGCCCCGAAAAGGAAAUGCUUUUGGCUGGGCGUGGAAGGACUGGAGGCUGUGGAGGGGUCCGGCUCUGACAGCUCAGAUGACGACAGUGACGAAGCCCCUGGCACCUCAGGAAUGAGCUCGCCUGUGCCGAGCAGUGACAGUGCUGGAGCGGAGAGGGCAGGCGGGGUUCCCAGGAGUCCUCAGAGGGCAGGAGCGCGGAGUACAGACUGUAGCUCACCAGAACUUCCGAGCCCUGGGGCUGGCCCUGGGAACGGUAUUUCAGACGACCCGUGUGCCCCGCAGGGGGACACAUCUGCCCAGGAGCGUGUGGAAAGGAAGGUGGCUGCAGAAACACAGACAGCCCCGGAGGAAAAGGAGGCCGAGAGCAGAGGACCCAGAGAAGCAGCAGCAGCCGGGCCCGGGCUGAAUCAGGAGAAAGAGACAGAAGAAGUGACUGAUGGGGAUCGAGCGGACAGGGCAGCACCUGGACAAGACGGGGAGAGCCUUCCCAGCAUCAAACGGGGGGACCAGGCAGGAAGCACAGCUGGGGGUCAGGAACCUGUAGAUUUGCUGGCCUUCAGCUCCGUGGCAGAAAUGGAGUCGCUGGGUCUGGAGAAGCUCAAGUGCGAACUGAUGGCCCGGGGGCUGAAGUGCGGGGGCACCCUCCAGGAGCGGGCCGCCCGGCUCUUCUCCGUCCGGGGCCUGGCCCAGGAGCAGAUCGACCCCGCGCUGUUCGCCAGGCCCCUGAAAGGGAAGAAGAAGUGACGCCCGCGCUGAUGUCCUGGUUCCUUCCAGUCUAGCACUUACAACCCGCACAACGCUGACUCGGCCGUUAUUCCUGUUGACGCUAACGCUGGCUUUUUCAUGCGCCGGUUCUCAACGCCCGCUUUCCCAUUGUGGCACUUAGAGAAUUAAUGGGUGAAACCCUCUGAGCCUGACUCUGUGGGGAGGGUUUCUAAUAACAAAUUUAAUUUAAUAAACAUAUAACUCUUCCGAUUUCUGGUAA